AAUAAAUAAAUAAAACACCCCACCCAAAUUCAAAGGUAUGCUAUAAAUAUCCCAUCAUCACUCCUCAGUGUUGUACUCUCCAAGACCAAGAGACGAGUACAGUUACAGUACACCCCUCUUGAUUCCUCUCUUCUACUCUUCUGUUUCUCUCCUCUUUGAUCCCCUUUCUUUCUGUAUUACUACAUAAUUACACGAUCUCAUCUGGUUGGUUGACAGAACUCGCUCGCUAGGUUCCAUAUAUAAUACACUAGUAGUACAACAAAAAAAAUUAGGCAGAUAGUAGGUGAGGCAUUAGACAAUUACAUCUCCCAGAAUGCCUGCAGUCGUCGACCUUGCUUGUUUAUUAUGUCUGUUGCUUCUCAUAUCCUCCUCCUCUACGGCCACAGCUUGUGAUCGCUGCGUCCACCGCACCAAAGCUGCUUUCUUCAACAAAGCAUCUGCACUUCAAUCUGGUGCUUGUGGGUAUGGCUCAAUGGCCACAAGUUUCAACGCUGGCCAUCUUGCGGCUGCUGUUCCUGCCAUUUACAAAGAUGGAGCAGGUUGCGGUGCAUGUUUUCAGAUAAGAUGCAAGAACACACAGCUCUGUACCAAGCAAGGGGCCAAGGUGAUCGUCACCGAUCUUAAUAAAAACAAUAAUGAGACGGAUUUUGUGCUUAGCAGCAGAGCUUUCAGGGCCAUGGCUGUGCAGGGCAAGGAUCAAGACAUUUUGAAGCUUGGCAUCCUUGACGUCGAAUACAAGAGGGUUCCUUGUGAUUACGGAAGGAAUCUGGGCAUUCGCGUGGAAGAAUCAAGCCAGAAGCGUAAUAAUUAUCUAGCCAUUAAGUUCUUGUACCAAGGUGGCCAGACGGAGAUCGUGGGUGUUGAUGUGGCUCAGGUUGAUUCACCAAACUGGACUUUCAUGAGCCGAAACUACGGCGCUGUCUGGGAUAGCAGCAGAGUUCCAGGCGGGGCGUUGCAGCUCCGGGUGGUGGUGACGGCUGGCUACGAUGGCAAGUUUGUGUGGGCUAAAAAUGCGUUACCUGCGGAUUGGAAGAAUGGGAUGGUCUACGAUUCCGGUGUCCAGAUCACUGAUGUUGCUCAAGAGGGUUGUUCUCCUUGUGAUGAUGGAAGCUGGCCAGCCACCGCCCGUUUAAUAUAAUCUCUUCCCUACCGCUCGUUAAACUUCAUGUAUCCUUUCCACAACUCUGGGACAAGCUGAAAGUGGAGGGAGGAGUGUAUUUUUUCGUUGCCAAAUAAGAAGCAGAGCGUAAAAGAGGAGGGUCGGCAUUCGCAUUUCCCAUCAUAGCUAGGAAAAAUUUUGUGCCCCUGUAUAUUCUGCACUUUGUAUUGUGACUUGUAACACAUAAAGACGAUUAUACAUUAAAACGUCAUUUCUUCAGUUCUUCCAGUACUCCUUUAAUCCUUUAUGGACUAUUGUGCUUUUGUAAUUUAUUUCCAAGGCAAUUAUCAUGUUUAGUGUGUUGAGAUUU